CCCUCUGUUUCUCGAUCUCGUCCUUAAUUCCUCCUUCUCUAAGAAGCCAGCUGUUUUCUUCUUCUUCUUCUUCUUCUUCAUCUCUCGUCUCCUACUCUCUUUCUUUGCUCGCACCAAAAUUCCCUCAAAUUCCUCUUUCGUUAAUCGCCGGCAUUGUCUUUCUUACCGAUCCGACUAUCUCAGCAUUCGAAAUCUCCGGCGACAAAGCCUGAUCUCAAGCUUUCCGUUCGUGAUUCCGUCGGUGGAAGCUGUGAAAAUGCCGGUGGAGGUGGAGAGAGAUCAAGGAGAGGUGUCGGUGAAGGUUGAUUUUGAGAAUGCGACUGAGAUUAAACCGGAGGUAGUAAUUCCGGCUACCAAAGAGGACGUGGUGAAUGGGAUCAGCCAUGGCGGUAAUAAUGGUAACGGAAACGACACCGAUGGUUCUUACGUUUUCAUUACGGAGAAUGAUACCGUAGGAGAUGAUAUUGUAGAGUCUGAUUCUGUUAAGCAUGUUGAUGAUGCCAAUGUGGAGAAAGAUCUUAAGGAAGGAGAGAAUGUGAAUUCUGAGGAAGUGAAGGUAGAGGCUACAAAUAUUGGCGAUGAUGAUGUUUUGGGAGUUUCUCAAGUUAGUCAAACCCUGGAAAAUUCUGAACGAGAAAGGACAGAUGAUGGACCAGAGGAGGUCGUUAGGAUCCCAAAGGCAGAAAUUGAGGAUUCUCUUGAAAAAAGUGUCGACCAGCAGCAUCCUGGUAAUGGGCAUCUAGAAAUUGGCCUUGAGGGUAAAGUGGAAUCUAAAGAGGAAGUGGAGCAACUUCAAGAUUCUGAAGUUGGAUCCAGGGAUCUAACCAAGAUUAACGCAGAGGAAAAGUCUGAAGGUAAAAUUGAACCUGAUAGUAAAACAGAUGUGGAGGGACAUCAAGGGGACAGGAUUGAAGCCCAAGAAAAAUCUGAUCUGGAUGUGGAUAUUUCUGAAGUAGAAAAGCACCCAGUUGACUCAGAUGAAGUAAAAGAGUCUGAGUUGGUGACCGCUAAGGUUUCUCCAACUGACCCUAGUGAUGGAGGCAUGGAUUUGGGACAACCUACGGUAACAGAUCAAGCUGAAACGAUCAAUGGAUCUGAAUCUGUGAAUGAUCGCAAUGGAUCAGAAUCUGUAGCAGUUUUGGAAUCUGUUUCUGUUGAAAACGGUCACCCUCCAAUAGAAUCAGAGUUGGAGAGAACUAGUGAUGUUCCAUUCACUUCAGAGGCGGAAAAAGUCAAUGCUUCCGAUGGUGAAGUGUUGCCAGACUCUAGAACCGUGGAUGUUGCUGUAUCAGAGGUAAGUAGUGAUGUCCCGGCUGAGACUCAAGCUUUUACUGCCAUCAGUUUGGAUUCCCAGCCUUCUGGCAAAGAUAGUGUUGUUGAAAAUGGUAAUAGCAAAUCGGAAUCUGAAGACACCAAGAUGCAAUCGGAAAUUGGAGCUGGUGAUGAUGUCUCUGUGUCUGAUGGGAGUAUUAACACUCAUCCAGAAUCUCAAUAUGCCAGCGAUCCUACUUGUGAUCAAGAUGGAAAACAACACAUAGCAUCUGAGGUUAAGGAAGUUCUUGAUGCCCUUGCUUUAGAAGAAAGAAAUGAUGCUGUUAUUGUUGCCAAAGAGAAUGUUUCAGAAGCUGCUAUUUCUGAUGGCUUAUCUUGUACCAACCAGCAGAGAUCAGAAAGUGAUGAGAUAUCUGGGCUUGUUGAAAAACUCCCAUCCCAUACGCUACAUGAGGUUGCGCCUUCUGGGAAUGACACAAGUGUAAUUGUUAGCGAUGACAUCAAAAGUCAAGGUUUAUCAGAGGAUCAUGGAGUUGACACUAACCAGAAGAUUCAAGAUGAUUGUAGUGCUAAGUUGGAAGAAAUUGCCGAUGUGAAUGUAAAACAUGCUCCAAAUGAGAAAGUUCAAGGGGACAACAGCGAGGGGAACUUAAAUGUUAAAGACUGUGUGGACAGCCAACCUGCUGAAAACAAAGAAGGAAAUGCUGUUGAUAGAACAGAUGAUAAAGUAGCCUCGACCGGUGAAGUUUCUGUGCCUGAUGCUUCUGAAGUGCUCACUGUAGCGGCAGAGAUAGAGAAAAGACCGGUUUACUUUCUGCCUAGAGUUCCAAGAUAUGAUAACGAAAAGUUAGCCGAGCAACUCAAGCAUGCUGAAGAGCAGGUUGAUCAGAAAACGCAGAGUCGGGAUGCUCUUAGAGCGGAUAUCCAGAAGAUACGCGCAAUAUGUAAGGACUAUGAUAUCAGUUAUAAGGCGGCCAUGACAGAAGAGAGAUCUGCAAGAAAAGCAAUGCAUUCAAAACGGCAGGAAAUUGAGGCCCUUCAGUCUAUGAUUAGCCGGGUUAAGAGUGCUGCAUCUGUUGAUGAUAUUGAUUCGAGGGUGCAUAAUAUGGAACAUAUGAUGCAACACACAACGUUAUCUCUGAAUGAAGAAAAAGGAUUCAUGCGUGAAAUAAAGCAGUUGAAGCAACUUCGCGAGCAGAUAUCUUCGAGUAUGGGUACCAAGGAUGAAGUUAAGCAAGCAUUGGAUGAGAAAGAGAAAACAGAAGAACGUCUGAAGGUGUUGAGGAAGGAACUAGACGCCCUCAGAAACAAUCUCUCAAAAGCCGAAACAAUCACAAAAGCUGCUAAAAAAAAGUGUGAUGAGGAAUGGGAGGCACAGAGUAAACUGCAAGAACAGUUCAGAGCUGCUGAUGCUGUUCGCGAGGAAGCAUUUGUGCACCUACAGGAUUUGAAGAAACAACAACGAGAAAAGAACAAAUAUUUCUUCAAGUACAGAGAUAAUUCAAGGGCAGCAAGUGAAAUGGCUUUGAAGAAAGACAGAGCAGCCCUGCAAAGCCUUUGUUCUGACCAGGUGGAGAAUUUCAUGAAUAUGUGGAACAAUGACGAGGAGUUCCGUAAAUACUAUGUAAAAAGCAACACAAGGAGUACCUUUAGAAGACUAGGAACCCUAGAUGGACGAUCUCUUGGCCCUGAUGAGGAGCCACCUCGGAUCACUUAUGCUCCAAGAAUGGACAAACUUAGAACUUCUAGUGACAGAGCAGAGAAACAUGAGGCAGUUCAACCGGUUCCAGCUCAACAAGAGAGAGUCGUUAAAUUUGAAGGUUCAAAAGUUGAAAACAAUGGUAAGGCUGUUGCUAAACCCACCGAGCAGAAGAGUCAGACCACUAAAUCUAAAAAAGCCGUCAAGCCAGACCAGCCUCCACCAAAUGUCACAGAAUUGGUUUCUGGAAAAAAGGAGAUAGAGAAGUCAGCAACACCUGAAGAAGAAGAGCCACCUAAGUUAACAAAAGAGGAAGAGGAGUUAAUUAAGAAAGAAGAGGAGAAGAGAAAACAAAAGGAGGCUGCGAAGAUGAAGGAGCAGCAUCGGUUGGAGGAAAUAGCAAAAGCGAAAGAGGCAAUGGAGAGGAAGAAGAAGAGAGAGGAGAAAGCAAAAGCAAGAUCUGUUCUCAAGGCUCAGAAGGAAGCAGAAGAAAGGGAGAAGGAACGAGAAAGGAAGCUAAGGAAGAAGGAGAGAAGAAAGGGGAUUUUUACAUCGGAAGAGACAGCAAUAGAAAACCCAAUUCCAACAUCAGAAACUGUAGUCGAAACCCCAAGGGAGAUCGAAAUUCCAAAGAAACAAACCGUAGAGGAGAGUCAGCAAAUCAAGAAAUCUCACAAAACUUCAUCACAGUUUCUCAAACAAAACAAGUCAAAAUCGGUUCCUCUGCCUUUAAGGAACCGAGGAAGCAAGAGAAAACUGCGGCAAUGGAUGUGGAUUGGACUCAUAGUUGUGAUCAUCCUCGCAUUGUUCCUUCUCGGUAAUGCCAAUCUCUCCUCUCCUGCAAAUCUUUGGUUUACAUAAGAACAAAAAAAAAAGAAGAAGUGGCACACUCUUACACACACUUUGCCUUGUGGUUUUUAUAGUUAUGUUUUUUUGGCUCAUCUAAAUUAGUUUAGAUUUGUGUUUGGUGCUUUUAUUCUUUUCUUUUUUCUUAAGUGGUGAAGCUUUGAUUCAUUGAUUUCACACGAACGACAGACAUAGAUUGGUUUUGCUUGUUCUGGGUAUAUGUUUAAGAAACACGGUUCCAGUUUUUUAUUUUUUUUAAUAUACCAUAAUAUAUUAUUAAAGCAAUAAACGUCUUCUCAUC